CGAAAGAAUGCAACUGCAGUCAACACACAGGGUGAAGGGACAUGGCAUUGAUCAAGAAUUGAUUCUAUAAAUAACCAUGCAUGGUACGAUUCUUAACUUGCAUAGAAAUCAACACAAGACCAUAGAGUUCUCUACUGCAGUAGUCAUCAAAUCUCUUUUCUCAAGCUACAACACCUUCUCCUUCCUUCUCUACCCAUCCUUGGAUAUAUCAGAAUGUCUAACACGUUAGUUUCUUACAUGGAAGAAGGAUCGAAUCCCCCCUUGCAGCCUCCAACUUAUGGAAACCUAGUCACCGUUCUCAGCAUUGAUGGAGGUGGAAUAAGGGGACUCAUCCCUGGAACCAUCCUUAGUUUCCUAGAAUCUGAACUUCAGAAGCUAGAUGGUGAGGAAGCAAGAAUUGCAGACUACUUUGACGUUAUUGCUGGAACGAGCACAGGUGGUCUUAUUACUGCCAUGCUUACUGCCCCAAGCGAAAAUAAUCGACCCCUCUUUGCUGCUAAAGAUAUCAAGGACUUCUACCUCAACCACUGCCCUAAAAUCUUCCCACAACCAAAGUGUUUAUUAUUUGGACAAGUGGAAAAGGUGAUCAGAGGAAUUUCAGGACCAAAGUACAAUGGAAAAUAUCUACAUGGAAUUGUUAGGGAAAAACUUGCAAAGACAAGAUUGAAUCAGACACUAACAAAUAUCGUGAUCCCAACGUUCGACAUCACACAACUUCAGCCAACCAUCUUUUCCACCUACGAGGUUAAGAGGAAGCCUUGCUUGGAUGCUCUACUCUCCGAUAUAUGCAUUGCAACCUCAGCAGCACCAACUUAUCUUCCAGCCCAUUAUUUUGAAACCGAGGACGAGCAAACAGGAAAAGUGAGAGAGUUCAACCUUAUAGAUGGUGGGGUUGCCGCAAAUAAUCCGGCAUUACUUGCUAUUGGGGAAGUGACAAAGGAGAUAAUAAAGGGAAAUCCAGACUUCUUUCCGAUAAAACCAAUGGAUUAUGGACGGUUUCUGGUGAUAUCAUUAGGAACAGGGUCACCAAAAUCGGAGAAGAGAUACAACGCAAAUAAGGCAGCAAAAUGGGGUGUCAUGGGUUGGCUAAACAGCGGUGGCUCUACUCCUUUGGUUGACGUUUUCACGCAGGCAAGCGCAGAUAUGGUCGACUUCUACCUUUCUGCAGUUUUCCAAGCCCUGCACUCUGAACAGCAUUAUCUUCGCAUUCAGGACGAUACACUAAGUGGACAAGAAUCAUCGUUGGAUAUAGCAACAAAGGCCAAUUUGGAAAACCUUGUCGAAAUUGGUGAAAGGAUAUUAAAAAAACCAGUUUCCAAAGUAAACUUGGAGACUGGUGAAUUCGAACCAGCUAAUCAGGGGACUAAUGAAGAGGCUCUCAAAAGGUUUGCAAAAAUACUCUCUCAGGAGAAGCUGCUUCGUCUAGCAAGAUCACCCCAUGGACGACUUGUUUUAAGUUCUAAACGAGUGACGCAGUGAAUUUUAAUAUUACGUUAAAAUUUUAUUUUUAUUGAAAAUUAUUUACUUUUAAUAUUCAAAUUCAUGAUUCUUUGUUUCAUUAAUAGAUCCCAGAAAGGGUUCUAUUAAGCUAUUUUAAAUUAUUCA